CUAUCAAACUCCGCAGUCCUGCUAAAGUCUACAGCUGUACAACGGUCCUUUCUCCUCUCGUCCUCUCUUGACCAGCAGACAGUCAGCCGUCAUGUCUUACAGCUACAGCCACAUGUCCUCUGGACCCUCCGCGAUCUCCAGACAGAGCCGCAGCUACCAAUUCAGCAGUGCUCCUCAAAAGGCUCACAGCGUGUCAGGCAGCAGCUUCAGAACAGGCCCACGCAUCUCCUCCUCCACCAUGCGUACCGUCUCCUCCGGGUUUGGAGGUGGCAGCGGGUUUGGAGGUGGCUUUGAGCUGUCCAGUGCCCUGGACCAGAGCAACGUGCACCUGAACGAGAAGGCCACCAUGCAGAACCUGAACGACCGUCUGGCCUCCUACCUGGAGAAGGUCCGCUCUCUGGAGGCAGCCAACUCCAAGCUGGAGAUUCAGAUCAGAGAGUACUACGAGAAGAAGGGCCCAGCAGCAGAGAGGGACUACAGCAACUACUGGGCCAUUAUCAACGACCUGAAGGACAAGAUUGCUGCUGCCACCAUCGGCAAUGCCAACAUCCUGCUCCAGAUUGACAACUCCAAACUGGCUGCAGAUGACUUCAGAACCAAAUUCGAGCAUGAGCUGAUGAUGCGCCAGUCGGUCGAGGCUGACAUCGCCAAUCUCCGCCGCCUCCUGGACCAGACCACCUUGACGAAGGCCGACCUGGAGAUGCAGAUCGAGGGCCUGCAGGAUGAGCUGGCCUACCUCAAGAAGAAUCACGCUGAGGAGCUGGCAGCACUGCGCUCUCAGCUCACUGGCACAGUCAACGUGGAGGUAGAUGCCGCGCCCCAGCAAGACCUGAACAGAGUCCUGGAAGAGAUCCGUGCCCAGUACGAAACCAUCACUGACAAACAUCGUCGCGACCAGGAGUCCUGGUUUAAUGAGAAGUCUAGCUCCCUGUCAAAGGAAGUAGCCAUCAGCACUGAGACAAUCCAGACGUCUAAGACAGAGAUCAGCGACCUGCGGCGCACACUGCAGGGCCUGGAGAUCGAGCUGCAGUCUCAGCUCAGCAUGAAAGCAGCUCUGGAGAACACACUGGCAGACACAGAGGGCCGUUACAGCGCCAUGCUCACAGGCUUCCAGACCACAAUCAACAUGCUGGAGACAGAACUCGCCAACGUACGCAGCAGCAUCGAGCAGCAGGGCCAGGAAUACAGAAUGCUGCUGGACAUCAAGACCAGGCUGGAGCAGGAGAUCGCGACCUACAGGAGCCUGCUGGAAACAGAGGAGUCCAGACCCAUUGCUACAGGGGGCUCAAAGACCACAGUCACAACCACCACUGUGCGCACUUCCAGCUAGGAGGUCCAACUGGCAGGACAAGCUGUUCUCAGACACACCGACACACCGACACACACACACACACACACACAGUUUGACCAAUAAAAGCUGUUACACAAGAUGAGUGAAACUGAGAAUGAGAAAACUGAGACCUUUGAAAGUGAAGCCUGUAUUAAAGUUGAGGUAUGAAACAUCAUUUAUGGUUUAAAGGAAGUGACCUACUUUGUGUGUGUGUGGUGUGUGUGUGACCUGUCUGAAAAAUAAAACUGCUGGUGAACACAA